UUUCUUUUUUGCAUCUGAACGCACGUGUAAUGAAACGUAAAUUUUGUUAGGAUACGGAGCUCGCUACCUAGCGAUAAUCCUAGAUUGUGUUCGGAUUGAGAAUACAGCCCUGCGUUCCAGACCUUGUAUAACGUUACGCAUGUGUUGCUUCUCUUCAGACUCUUCACUGGUUGACAAAUAGCUUGCAAAAAUGGCCGAGGUCGACCCAGGAUUGCCUUUUCCAAAUGAAACUCCAACUCAAGAUGUCCUGACUAAUGACACCGUUUCAAAUAGUACCGACUCCGCUAACGCCACUGUUGGGAAGUUUGUGUCCACACCUGAAGGCUCAGCACUGGCAUAUGGUAGCCUGCUUUUCAUGGCUCUGUUCCCCAUCUUCUUCGGUGCCCUGCGAUCCGUCAGCUACGCCAAGAGCAAGAGCUCCUCAGAUGUGCCAGAAACCAUCACCAGUCGGGACGCUGCCAGGUUCCCUAUCAUUGCCAGCUGCACCCUCUUUGGGUUGUACCUCUUCUUCAAAAUAUUUUCUCAAGAAUAUAUUAAUUUGUUGCUGUCGAUAUACUUCUUUAUGUUGGGGAUUUUGGCUUUAUCCCACACUAUGAGUCCAUUCAUGGAUCAGGCUUUUCCAGACCACUUCCCCAGCAAGCAGUACCAGCUUCUGCUCACACAGAGUUCAGAGGAGAGCAGGGAAGAAAUCAUCAAUUACGAGUUUGACAGCAAAGACCUGCUCUGCCUCUGCGUCAGCACAGUGAUUGGGGUCUGGUACAUACUAAAGAAGCACUGGAUCGCUAAUAACCUGUUCGGCCUGGCGUUCGCUCUGAACGGCGUCGAGCUGCUCCACCUCAACAGCGUCUGCACCGGCUGCAUCCUGCUGGCUGGCCUGUUCGUCUACGACGUCUUCUGGGUUUUUGGGACCAAUGUCAUGAUAACCGUGGCGAAGUCAUUUGAAGCCCCAGUCAAAUUGGUGUUCCCUCAGGACCUGCUGGAGAGGGGGCUGGAUGCCAAUAACUUUGCAAUGCUGGGUUUGGGAGAUAUCAUAAUUCCAGGUAUCUUUAUAGCAUUACUUCUGCGCUUCGAUGUCAGCUUAAAGAAUAACACAAGGACCUAUUUCUACACCAGUUUCUUGGCCUAUGUCUUUGGCCUGGGGCUCACCAUAUAUGUCAUGCACACCUUCAAACAUGCGCAGCCUGCUCUUCUGUACCUGGUCCCAGCAUGCAUUGGGUUCCCUGUGGCAGUAGCCCUUGUGAAGGGGGAAUUAACAGAAAUGUUCAGCUACGAGUCUUCAGAGGAGGUGUUACCUCACACUCCGCGGCUGACCCACUUUCCCUCCGUUUCGGGCUCGCCCGCCAACAUCGCUAACUCCAUGCAGGCCUCGCCCUGUCGCCAGCGCCACACGCCCGCACACAUGUAGGCAGUUCGGCUAUCGCCGGACAGGUAUGAAGAAUCGCCAGCCGAGGUAGACGCUACACAUGCAGGAGAGGUAGACUCAGAGAAAAAAGAUAAAUAAUGAACAAGAAUCUCCCAUUGCUUUUACACGCGCCUGAGCUGCACUAUCACCACAGGGUGGCGCUGUUAAUGCACAUGAAAAUGUAUAUUAAGUGACUGUGUAACAGUGGACAUUUGUAGGAUUUUAGUGGUUUGUUUAAAGGGAGAAAAGUAUAACAAUGUACUUCACUAUUUAAUUUUAUUUGCCUUUUUACACUGUUUGCAACAUCAGUUUGUAUGGACUGCAUAUGUAUUACUGUCAUUCAUAUUGGCAAGAACUCCAUUUCUUUACUGGGAGUGAAAUUAAGCAAAAAGAGUUUUCAUGUAUGAAAGAGUUGAUCAUGUUCUGUUCUGGAUGAGGAGCUGGGUGAACUGCACUGCUGAAGAGGAUUCAGUGUUUUUCCUCAGUAUUUGUGCAGAAUUCAGGCUUGUAUUUGUUGCACUUUGAAAACGACAGCACCUUUGACCAGUCAUUCGAGUCAUUGCAGUGUUUGCCCCUCGAACGGUGGUGCCAAACCAGCGGUAGCAGUUGUGGGUGUUUUUGCAGUAGAAGUGUUCCUGUGUUAUUCAUGUCCACACACAGCUCAGCUGAUGCACCCAUGCUCAAGGGCACGUGAGUAGAGUCAGCUUACGCUGGUCACGGUGCCCUAAAUUGUAUUGCGUAUUAUCAAGGCCGUGUUUUUUUUAUUGCCUAUUAAUUAUGUUAACCAGCAGUGAGAUGCUGAUGCGGCUUCCUUAUUUAGACACUCGUUAUGUGAUCCUUUAAAGACAGCACUUUUUAAAUUGGAUUGAUGGGUUUGUUUGGGGCCCUGGGAUUAGGUUGUUUGAGGGCAGUGGCAGAGAAAUCACCAGGCAGCGGAAAUGUUGUUCCCAAGGCAACUUUAAUGCAAGCUUGGUAGAGAACCUAAUACAGAGGAUGCUAAUCUUCAGGAAGCUAAUCUUCAUCCAAGGUACUCUCGGUUACAAAGUGUUGAAUAGGUAUGCAUUUUAUAAUACAUUUUAAUCUUUCUAAAGAAUUCUUGGUCAGGGUGAUUUUACAUGUCAUGUUUCUAGGCCGACAAAACAUUAACAACAUUUGAAAUGACUAGCUGUUAGUGUGUACAUAUGAACAGGCAUUCCUUUGUUCCAUCAUUUUUACGUAUUUUUACGUGUUUAUUUAUAGGUGCAUGUGUAUGGGGGUUAGUAACAAUGUGUGUGUGUGUGUGGGGUGGGGGGGUGGGGGGUGGGAGUGUAUUAGAGUAGUAAUAUGUAUACUUUGUUAGUAUAUAUGGUGUUAGUGUUUGUCUGGCUGUCGCUUUUCUUUUCUUGUAUCCUGUUAUCUUGAAGAGGCCCAAGACAGUGGGGUCUUCCCCUGCGUCUGACUGUGUGACCGUAGUGACCCCAGGAGGCAGGCUCAGUCCAUAUGAACCCCAGGCCCUGCUCCUCUACCCCAUGUCUGUGUAGCCAAGCAACUUCUGUAGUACAUACAGAGCAAUUUUGCUUGGUCACAUGUAGAUACACAGCACCCUUUAGAAGCCACUGCACAGUUCAUUGUUUUUGCGUGUGUAAAAUAAAGGCACAGAACUGCACUGUAGUCAGUCCUGUUGUAAAAUAAA